GCUGAUCAGAGCAUAUCUCCAAUCUGUUGGCACAUUGAAUCUACUUAGAGCAUUUGCAACGGGUGGGUAUGCUGCAAUUCAGAGAGUUUCUGAAUGGAAUCUUGAUUUUGUACAACAUAGUGAACAAGGGAGACAGGUACGUGGAACUUGCCCAGAGAGUUGAUGAAGCUCUUGGAUUUAUGGCUGCUGCUGGACUCACUGUUGAUCAUCCAAUAAUGAGAACAAUUGAGUUUUGGACAUCUCAUGAAUGUCUUCACCUUCCAUACGAGCAGGUGUUGACCAGAGAGGAUUCAACAACUGGCCUCUAUUAUGACUGUUCUGCACAUAUGCUCUGGGUAGGAGAGAGGACUCGGCAGUUGGAUGGAGCACAUGUUGAAUUCCUCCGGGGUGUAUCUAAUCCUCUUGGCAUUAAGGUGAGUGAUAAGAUGGACCCAAAGGAGCUUGUAAAAUUAUGUGAGAUUCUUAACCCUCAUAAUAAACCUGGAAGAUUGACUAUAAUCACUCGAAUGGGGGCAGACAAGAUGAGGGUUAAACUGCCACAUCUGAUAAGAGCUAUACAUGAGGCUGGGCUUAUUGUCACCUGGGUUAGUGAUCCCAUGCAUGGAAAUACGAUCAAAGCCCCAUGCGGCCUCAAGACGCGCCCAUUUGAUGCAAUCAGAGCUGAGUUGAGGGCCUUCUUUGAUGUUCAUGAACAAGAAGGGAGCUACCCUGGAGGCGUUCAUCUGGAGAUGACGGGUCAAAAUGUAACAGAGUGUGUCGGAGGGUCGAAGACAGUAACUUUUGAUGACUUGAAUUCACGCUAUCACACUCAUUGUGACCCUCGGCUGAAUGCGUCACAGUCACUAGAGCUGGCAUUCGCCAUAGCAGAGAGGUUGAGGAGGAAAAGGUUGAAAUCUGGUGAUAAUCCACAAAGAGAGCACAAAGUCAGUGGUGUAGUGGCAUAAGCUGCUCAAGUUUUCAUCUUCCACAGUAGAGAGCUAUGAUUUAAUUACUUUAUGUUCCUUUUGAGUAGCCCAAGGAAUGGUUAUUUAAUAAUGAUAUUAUUAUUUUUUGCUGCAAUAGAAUUUUGGGUUAGAUGA